AUGGGGAGGCCACCUUGUUGUGAUAAAAUUGGUAUCAAAAAAGGUCCUUGGACUCCUGAAGAAGAUAUCAUUUUAGUAUCUUAUAUUCAAGAACAUGGUCCUGGAAAUUGGAGAUCAGUCCCUACUAAUACUGGGUUGAUGAGAUGCAGCAAAAGUUGUAGGCUAAGAUGGACAAAUUACUUGAGGCCAGGAAUCAAAAGGGGGAAUUUCACUCCACAUGAAGAAGGAAUGAUUAUCCAUCUUCAAGCUUUGUUGGGUAACAAAUGGGCAGCUAUAGCUUCGUAUCUACCUCAAAGGACAGAUAACGAUAUCAAGAAUUACUGGAACACGCAUCUGAAGAAAAAACUCAAGAAAUUCCAAAUAGAAUUGGAUUCACAUAAUUUGACUCUUCCUCCUCCUAAUUUAGACAAUUCUAACACUAAUAACUAUGAUCAUCAUCAUCAUCAAUUCACAAAGUUAUUGAACUCUCCAAAUUCUUCAUCUUCAUCAUCAUUAUAUGCUUCUAGUACUGAAAAUAUUUCAAGACUUCUAGAAGGUUGGAUGAGAUCUUCCCCUAAUCCUUCUAGAAGAAACAACAUUGAUCAUGAUGAAAUGUUGCAUGAGGCACAAAAAGAAUUACAAGAUCAAGAUGGAGGAGUUAGCAAUGAUGAUGUUGUAAUAAUUCCAAAUGUGAAUGUUGAUUGUGAAAGUAGUGAAGUUGUCACACAUGAAAAGACAAGUCCUCCUCCAUUCACAUAUCUUGAAAAAUGGCUACUAGAAGAAAAUGGUGGUCAAGUUGAAGAACUCAUGGAACUUCCAAUGAUAUUCACAUAA